AUGGUGGCUAAAAAAGAUUACCAUGCUCCUAAGCAUCCAGAUCUCGAAAAGAUCCCUAACCUUCAAGUUAUUAAGGCAAUGCAGUCCCUAAAGUCGAGAGGUUAUGUCAAGGAACAAUUUGCAUGGAGACACUUUUAUUGGUACCUUACAAAUGAGGGAAUUGAGUACCUAAGGAUCUUCCUCCACCUACCACCUGAAAUUGUACCAGCAACACUAAAACGUUCAGUACGAACAGAGACAGUACGCCGUGGUGCUGUGGGUAGGACAGAUGCACCAGCCCGUGCUGCAGAAGAUCGCUCUGCAUAUCGUCGUGCUCCGACUGCACCUGGUGCCCCACACGAUAAAAAAGCUGAUGUUGGUCCUGGCUCAGCUGAUGUUGAAUUUAGAGGAGGAUUUGGACGUGGUAGGACGGGUCCUUGA